AAAACACCAGGGACCCAGGGGCGGCGAUGGUGACUAUUCAUGAGUAUUCGAUCACGAAUCGAAUAAAUCGAUUCAAUUUUUGGAUUCUUUAACAAAAAAGAAAGCGAAAUGGCGCUUGGAGGUGACGAUCUGGAUUUUGAAUUUUCCCCGAAUAGGUUUCCUAAACACGUUCCAACAGCUAUGGACAAUGAAAUUAACAAGAUCGCUGAGGAGCUCUUCUCUCGGACAGUGGGAGACAGGGUUGUCCCUGUGUCUCCGUAUGAGUUUCCAGAGGAGACGCCAAUUGAGAGACUCGAGGAAAAGAGACAACAGCUCCAGAGACAGAUUACUCACGACAUCACAUUACAACCAGAUAUUUUGGUGCGUGCCAAACAAGAUUUUAUGAAAAUUGACAGCACAGCUGAUUUAGAGGACUAUGUGAGGGAGGCUGAGGAGAGUGACUCAGGGGCUCAAGGACACUCGGACUCGGAUCUGGAACUCGAGUUUCAGAGACUCCUGAUCACCGGGGAGGACGCGUGUGGGGUCCCACGUGAUGAUGUGGUGGAGGUGUCAUCCUCGCUGCUUCGUGCUCUUCGUCUCCGAUAUAAAUACUCAAUGCUCGCCAUGCACAGCUUCUUUCCAACCACGGCCCAGGCCCUCCUCCUCAACAGCACCACAGCGGCCACCCCGGGGACGAGCCCACAGACUAUCCCACCUCCGACUGCUACUGAUACUAUCCCGAGGAAUAUCCAUCCCACUACUGCUUGCCCAGAGACUAGGCCAGAUCAUAUCCUUCCUUCUGCUACUACUACUAGUUUGAAGACUGUUGCUACUGCUACUAGCCAGACUACUACUACUAGCCCAGAGACUAUCCCUCCUGCUAUUGCUACUACCCUGGAGACUAUCCCUCCUACUACUGUUAAAGCGGAGAAUACCACUAGUGCCGCUGCUAGCCCACAGCCUCUCACCUCUCCGGGUGCCAGCUCACAGCCUUACCAAGGCUCCUAUAGACACCAGAACCUUCCGAGGCUGACCCCGGUGACUCCCCGACCCCCGUCACACUCACCUUUCCCGGCGAUGGCGGGGGUGAGUGGAGGGGUUGGGGGAGGGGGGGACCCAUAUGGGGACUACGACGUGAGUGAGUUCCCGGAGGACUGCGGAUUCACCGUAGAGAUGAGGGGAGGAGUGGCUCACGUGUACGAUGGGGAUGAGCUGGUAGACCUUCCCUAUGGUGACCUGGCAGCCUUUAUUGCUGAUAUGAACAUACUCAUGGCUAUGAGUAUCAAUGGACCCCUGAAAUCCUUCUGUUAUCGUCGCCUGCAAUUCCUAUCGGCAAAAUUUCAGAUGCAUGCACUGCUAAACGAGAUGAAGGAACUAUCGGCACAGAAGAGAGUUCCUCAUAGAGACUUCUACAACAUACGCAAGGUGGACACACAUAUCCACGCCUCAUCUUGUAUGAAUCAAAAACAUUUGCUGAGGUUCAUAAAGAGGGCAGUGAAGAGGGAAAGCGACGAGGUGGUGCACAGAGACCAGGGGAAAGAGCAGACGCUCAAACAGGUGUUUGAAGACCUCAAUCUGACUGCAUUCGAUCUCAGCGUGGACAUGUUGGAUGUGCAUGCGGACAGGAACACAUUUCACCGGUUUGAUAAGUUCAAUGCCAAGUACAACCCUGUGGGGGAGUCGAUCCUCAGGGAGAUUUUCAUCAAGACUGACAACUGCAUCGGAGGGAGAUACUUUGCCCACAUAAUCAAGGAAGUAAUGUCAGACCUGGAGGAGAGCAAGUACCAGAAUGCCGAGCUGCGUCUCUCCAUAUAUGGGCGUGAGAGGGGCGAGUGGGAGGGACUGGCGAAGUGGGCAGUGACUCACCGAGUCUACUCCCACAAUGUGCGCUGGCUCAUCCAGAUCCCUCGCCUAUAUGAUGUGUACCGCAGUCGGAAUCAUCUGGAGAGUUUUGAGGAGAUGCUGGGAAACAUUUUCCUCCCUCUCUUUGAGGUGUCGAUUGCUCCACAGAGGCACCCGGAGCUGCACCUCUUUCUCCAGCACGUGACUGGGUUUGACAGUGUGGAUGAUGAGUCGAAGCCAGAGGAGGGUGUGUUCACUGUGAACAGUCCGCUGCCCGGGCAGUGGACUCAGAGCAAGAACCCCUCGUACUCGUACUACCUGUACUACACCUAUGCUAACAUCACCGUGCUCAACCACCUGCGCCGGGAGAGGGGUCUCUCUACGUUUGUGUUUCGUCCCCACUGUGGAGAAGCGGGACCAGUGCACCACCUUGUGUCCGGGUUUCUGCUCGCAGAGAACAUCUCACAUGGACUGCUCCUCCGCAAGGCGCCUGUGUUGCAGUACCUCUACUACCUGUGUCAAGUUGGCAUUGCGAUGUCUCCACUCAGCAACAACUCCCUGUUUCUGCCGUACCACCGAAACCCUCUCCCUGAGUUCCACGCUCGCGGGCUCAGGGUGUCUCUCUCCACUGACGACCCCCUGCAGUUCCAUUUCACCAAGGAGCCACUGAUGGAGGAGUACAGUAUCGCAGCUCAGGUCUGGAAGCUGAGCUCAUGUGACAUGUGUGAGCUUGCGAGGAACAGCGUGCUGAUGAGCGGGUUCCCCCUAGAGGUGCAACGCCACUGGCUGGGAGCCCAGCUGGAACGGGAGGGGCCCCCCGGUAAUGAUAUCCGGCGCACGAACGUCCCCGACAUCCGCGUGGCCUACCGGCACGAGACGCUCUCCCAGGAGCUCGCCAUGCUCACCCAGGCUACACCCACCAGGCCCGAGGCCACGCCCUGCGCCACUCCUUCUAUGGGCAUGCAGAUCACACUCGCUGGUGGCCCGGCUUCGGAAGGUCCUUACAAGGGCACGCAAGGGAUGGGGGGAAGCCUUCGUAUGGGUGGGCAGGUUUCGCUCACUGGCACUCAGCCAGUGGAGAGUCAGGUGACGCCCAGCGGCUCUGGACCAGUGCCCACCGGUGGCAAGACAUCGAAAGUCAUAUUCUGUAAUGAAUGAGAUGAUGGUUUUAAUGUCAAUGAUUUUAAGGCUAUUACGUCACUGUUAUGAGUACUAUUGGAAUUGUACUUUUUAAUGAUAGCAUGUUGCACAUGUUUUUUUGUAUUGGCAAAUUAAUCCGCCCCACAAGGGUCUAAAUUGCUAAAAAGUAAAUUGUGAGAGAGCUGAGGAUGGGUCAAUAUGGAACACGGAACAUGUCCACCUACGAUUAAUUAGUUAAUGAGCCUAACGAUAAUACUUAUGGGUCACUUCCAUGACAUUGCUUAUGCCAGCUUAUGAUACUAGACUUAGGACAUUAGAAAUGUAUCUGAAGAUACUUGGCUUCUUAUAUACUAAGCUUACGAUAGAGACCCAUAGACUCGCACUGAAUGUGAACCAACUGUCACUGUUUUAACAUGCUAAUUACACUUCAUAAGCUAAGCAAACUCAUUGCCGUAUAACCCCAUAGCUAAUGUGCACUGCCAUUUUGAAAUGGAAAAUGAAGUAUAUUUAAGUGUAGUAACAGUAGUGAUUGUUAUAGUAUUUGUAAUAGACGCUUUUCGAAGUAUGUGAUUGGUGCUUAUGUGUAGCAUUUGCAGAAAAUGCUUUGUACAGGCAGACCACUCACUUAGCGCAACCCCGUAGAAACUCUGAUUCAUUAUGGCGCUCUUUGUCCCCUGGAGAAAAUGUUUUGAUAGAAAAUUUGUAAUCAAAUAGUGCAAAGAAAAAGCAUUUACGAGAGUGAGAACAUGAAGCAGUGCUGGGCAGAUGAAACGUCCCCGCCCUCAUCAUUCGCUCAGCUAAUGAGAGCGACGCACGGCUCUCAGCCAACCAGACCCCACCCCCCACUGAUUCGAUUAUCACGAUUCGUAGUCACGAUUAUACUUUAAAAAAUCGAUUAGUUUAGUCAGACGAGAACUCACAAGACCAGGAUAAUCUUUUAGGCUCCACCUAAAAAAACCUCACAACAGAUGUGUACACUGGGAGUGUCACGGAGAUCCUGGAGCUCUUCUCUGAGCAUGACCGCGGAUUGAGAACGCAGCAGCAGUCUCUGCUGCCUUGUAGGAGUCCAGUAAAAUGCACUCGUGAGGUACAGUACAUAUUACUGAUGAUCUCAAUAAUUUUUUUAACAUAAAAUGUAAUUUUUUAGCGCUAUUACUGAUACCCCAAUGAAGCCCUAUAUUGCUCAUACAAAAGAAAUAAUGAUUGGCGCUAACUUCACCAAUGCACCUUGAGCGCGAUGUGAGGUCUGCCUGUAUUUGAUGUAUUCCUACUAUAAUCACCAGAAAUGUCCUUAACGCUCAUGACGUCACUCCACAUCGACCAGCCCCCCUCAUUAAUAAUCAUGAACAGGUUACGUCCUCCACAUGGACCCCCCCCCCCCCCCUCAUAAUCAUGAGCAGGUGAUGCCACUCCACAUGGAGCACCAUCCCCCCUCAUCACUGCACAUCGAACAGCCCCCUCAAUAAUCAUAAGGUGACGUCCUCCAAAUGGACCCCCCCCCCCUCAGCUGAUGUCACUCCACAUGGGGGGCCGAGGCGCCUCCUCCCCCCUCCUCGGCGUCAACUUACAACCCUCACUAAAAAGGCAGAACCCUCACGUCACGCGAUCUCCGUAACGCUAUUGAGACAAGUAAAAAGGACGUAAUGAUAAACGAGGGAUUAUAAGCUUAAAAUGAAAUAGGUCUGUGUCACACCGCACCCUUACAAAUUGCACACGCACUAAUGCAAUGAAUAUCACGUCGCGGUCUGCUUUUCGCUUGCAAGUUUCAGAUUUACUGCAAUACACCCGUCCUUCAACGGGCAAAAGGCUAGUUAUAUAUAAAGUAUAAUUGAAUAUAUGUAUACACAAAGAAAAAUAUGCCCCAUGUAGCCUUUAACAGACUUUUGGGGAAAGUGCUGUUGCAAGACACUAAUGAAGGCUGACACUGCACACAAGGGGGUGGGUGGCCAGCACCAUGCCUAGCCACCUUUGUCUCCUUAAAUGGCGAGUUUUACACUGCUCCAGGUACUCAAUUGAGUACACACUCAGAUAGACAUACAAUUGCCACCAUUCACCAGUAAUUGAAGUCACCACAGCGCUUUGUGCCAGGCUAGGUUCACUGAGGACAUCAAGUGAAGUGUGGAGGGCUUACUAGCAGGCGGUCUUGCUACAGGCCCAAGUGUUAUGAGUUGACUGAGAUAACUAACAGAUGUAUCAUCUGUGGUCUCUGCUGUGCCGCCUCGCUUUCCUUUAGCUGCCCAUCGAAGGGUGACUGCCUCCAUUUUCCCAGAAGCCUCACAGUGCACCAAGCCUAUCACUCCCCAGUAGUCGCCUAGCCUGUCGCGCCUCAGUAGCGUCCUUUGCAAGCCUGCUUCCCAGAGGCUGAUCUUUCCAUUGCUGUUACCAGUUAAUGUCAAGUCCAAUCGGCUCCAAAUCCGAUGAUGACAGCCCAUAUUUUCUCUUUAACAGCCUGUGCCACACCUGUUUAGCCCCCCCCCCCCCCACUCUGUCGGACCAAAGAGAAGUUUUUUGGGCAUGUGGUGGCUGGCAAUGUGGGCUGCAUGACGCAGCUAACACAGUCUGAUCGGACCAUAUUCAAAUCUCUCAAACAUCUGGUUAAACUCAGGAUUAAUUUUAGGCAGGCCACCUGGUGCAGGUGUUCAUUUAAAGUGGGCCAUGUCUUUCGCAUUGAGAAUAGAAGGCAUAACAGCACGAGAAGACAUUGAGCGUCAUGGAGCUAUAGGUCAAGUAUCGUCUACGUAGCAUUACACCACUGAUGAAGAUGAGACCUCGAGUCAUGAGCAGACUGCCCAAGUAUGGGAAUGCUUCCACGAUCUCCACCACUGCACCAAUGAUUAAUGUCACAAGUAAAUUAAUGCUACAUUACCAUAAUUAUUAUGUGAUUCAAUAAACGUCAAAGAUAAUGUUAAGACUACCGUAUAAUAAAAUAAUUACUGCCUCGCA